GCUUCUCUAGAUAAGUUCCUUUCAUUUUUUCUGAAAUACCAUCGAAGAAAAUGGUGGUUCUUAAACAACACAAGCUUGUUGAAAAUUUUCAGGUUGUUCCAGCAGUGAGGACAACAACCUCUCUUCCCCUCACAUUCCUUGAUUUGCCUUUAGCAGGUCCUAUUUAUGUGAGACGCCAAUUCUUCUAUCACUUCCCCCAUUCCACACUCCAUUUCUGUGAAACCAUACUUCCUUGUCUCAAAACCUCUCUCUCUCAAACCCUUCAACACUUCUUCCCUCUCGCUGGAAAUCUCAUCUGUCCACCAACACCCCACAAACCCUUCAUUCGCUCCACCGAUGAUGACUCUGUCACCUUAACCAUCAUCGAGUCUGAAGCAGAUUUCAACCAUCUCUCUUCCAACCACCCCAAAAGCAUCAAAGACUUGGAUCACUUGGUUCCAAAGUUAACAUGCACAAACACACAUGAUGGCACGUUUGUUUUUCCCUUGGUGGCAUUGCAAGCCACGGUUUUCCCCAACCAUGGCCUUUGCAUCGCGAUCACGUAUUGCCACGUGAUGGAUGAUAGUUGUUGCAGCCAUUUCAUGAAAUCUUGGUCCUCCAUUUGUCGAAGUGGUGGAGUUGACUUUACUCUUGUGGAGAAGUCACCACCGUGCUUUGAUAGGGAAGUAUUGAAGGACCCCAAAGGACUCGAAGCCAUCUUCUUGAGAUAUUAUUUAGAAAAUAGGUCAACUUGGAAGGACAAACUCAUUGGUAAAACUUCUGAGAUUGCUGGUGGAAAUGAAGAUUAUUUCAAAGCAACGAUUGUUUUUGGAAGAGAUGACAUCGAGGGGCUGAGAAUAUGGGUGCUGAAUCAGUGGAAGAACAGUGACGAAUUCAUCACGCCACAAUAUCUAUCAAAAUUCGUGGUGACAUGUGCUUUUGUGUGGGUUUGUAUGGUUAAAACAAGAUGCAGAAAUGAUGCUGAAGAUGAUGUCCAAGAGGAUUACUUUUUUUUCGGUGCAAAUUGCAGAGAUCGCCUUGAGCAUCCUGUGCCAAAAACUUACUUUGGAAACUGCUUAACCCUAUGUUCAGCAAUGCUCAAGAGAAAGGACCUCAAGGGAGAAGGGGGUUUUCUUAAUGCGGUCAAGCUCAUUGAAAAGGAAGUAACUGAUUUAAAAAGUGAUCUCUUUAAAGAUGCAGAAAAUUGGAGGGAAUCUUUUACGAAGAUGUUUGUGUUGGAAACUAUCUUGAUGGUUACAGGGUCACCCAAGUUCGGUGUUUAUGAGACUGAUUUUGGAUUUGGAAGGCCUACCAAAGUGGAAAUGGUACAUUCCUUCAAGGGUAUGUCUCUAGCUGAAAGUGGAGAUGAAGAAGGAGGACUUGAGGUUGGCUUGGUGUGCACAAGUACAGAAAUUGAAUAUUUAAAUUCUGUUAUUGAACAAGGACUUGGAGUUUCGAAAUCAUAAUUUUAUUCAUGUGACAUCUUAUUAUAAGAAAGCUAAGGUCUAUAAAAGAAGUUGAUUAGUCAACAUGUUAGCGUUGAUUUUAAUUAGCUUCCCAAUCUGUAAUAAGGAUGUUUGAAUUUUAUGUUUAGUACAAUUUGGUGAUUUAUCUUGUUUUGUUUCAUUUCUAAUGGAUGAUUUUAAAGA